AUGACACCCAUACAACUCAUCAUCAUCUUCUCACUCACACUCCUCACUACCAAAAUACUCAAACUCUGUUUUUCCGCAAUCAACGCUACACAAAACAGGAAAACCGCCGUCGGAUUCUUCCAUCCAUACACCAACGACGGCGGCGGAGGAGAAAGGGUUCUAUGGUGCGCCGUCAAAGCUAUCCAGGAAGAAAAUCCUGACCUUCAAUGUCUUGUCUAUACAGGCGAUCACGAUGCUACACCUCAGUCGUUGUCCAAUCGUGCACUUGAUCGAUUUGGUGUUACCCUUUUAUCCCCUCCUAAGGUGGUUCAUUUGUACAAGAGGAAGUGGAUUGAAGAAACGACUUAUCCACACUUUACUAUGAUUGGUCAAAGUCUAGGCUCUAUGUAUCUUGCAUGGGAAGCUUUGUGCAAGCUUACCCCUUCCUAUUAUUUUGAUACAAGUGGAUAUGCUUUUACAUAUCCACUUGCUAGGUUGUUUGGAUGCAAAGUCAUUUGCUAUACACACUACCCUACUAUCAGUUCAGACAUGCUAUCUCGUGUUCGUCAACGCAGCUCCAUGUAUAAUAAUGAUGCCUUGGUUGCCAAAAGUGUUUGGCUUUCUCGGUGCAAAAUAAUCUAUUACACAAUCUUCAGCUGGUUGUAUGGGAUUGUUGGAUCUUGCGCACAUCUAGCUAUGGUGAAUUCAUCUUGGACCAAAGCCCAUAUUGAAAAUCUUUGGGGAGUUCCAGAUCGGAUUAAGCGAGUUUAUCCUCCUUGUGAUACUUCAGGACUUCAGGUGCUUCCUUUGGAAAGAUCGGCUGAAAUUCCUGUAAUAAUAUCUGUUGCACAAUUUCGACCAGAGAAGGCUCACAGUCUCCAACUUGAGGCCUUCUCAGUUGCCGUUAAGAGAUUAGAUUCUGGCUUGCCGAAACCUAAGCUCCAGUUUGUCGGAAGCUGUAGAAAUAGAUCAGAUGAAGAUAGACUUCAAAUGUUAAAAGAGAAAGCAAUUGAGCUGAAUGUGAAUGAACAAGUGGAAUUCCACAAAAACGUAACAUACAGAGAUUUGGUGGGACUUUUAGCCGGCGCUGUUGGUGGCAUCCAUUCCAUGACAGAUGAGCAUUUUGGGAUUAGUGUUGUAGAAUAUAUGGCUGCCGGUGCCAUCCCAAUUGCUCAUAAUUCAGCUGGCCCAAAAAUGGACAUUGUAUUGGAAGAAGAUGGACAACAAACAGGAUUUCUCGCCUGCUCCAUUGAAGAAUAUGCAGACGCAAUUUUUAGAGUCAUUAAGAUGUCAGAGACUGAGAGACUUCAGAUGGCCGCUGCUGCAAGGAAACGAGCAAGUAGGUUUUCUGAGCAGAAGUUUUCCGAUGAUUUCAAAGCCGCAAUACGCCCUAUUCUCAGUCGUGUUUCUAGAUGA